AUGAGCCUUGUUGCAAUUGUAAGGUUGUCGCUUACUGACUCAGAGAUCGUGGAUCCAAAUCACGGUAACAACAUCUUUGGUCGGGUAACAGGUUACCGGCGGUGGGGUGCAUCGAUUGAGAAGGAUGCUCCGCCAAAACCCUCAAAGAAAUCCCAUUACCCUAACCCUCCCAGCAGCACCUCCCACCCCUUCCAGCCCCGCCGAACAGUGUCUCCUAGCCCCUCCCAGCAGCCCCUCUCAGCCCCUAACUCUUCUUGCCCCUUUGCCUCCAAUCAUCUCAACUCUCAGCGCCUUUUGCUCUCCCUCUCCCUUCCUCGUCCUCCCUCUGCUCCGCGCCUCCGCCAUUGCUGCCGGCCUGCCUCUGGACAGCACCAAGAAUGGAGCCUAAGUCAGUUGCCGAAUCAGAAGGUACAAUAUAGUAUUAUGGCUGAUUUGGAUUUGCUAAGGAAGAUUCAAGAUUCAGUAUCCCUCUCUUGGGUUGAAUGAAGUUUUUGUUAAAAUUAAAAGAAUGUAUCUGAGCAAUUGCAACAUGCAUUGUUAUUAUUACACUUGAUGAUUUGUUUGAUCUUUGUUGCCUGUAUUGUUAAUGGCCUGAAAUUUUGAGCUGUUUGUUAGAUAUGAGUUUAGAUUGUGACAAAUUUUGAUAAUUGUUAUGUUUUGAGAAGGUUUGGCUCAGUGAUUAGGUUGAGUUUAAUUGCAGAAGAGGUCUUGUUACUUUGUUGAAUGCUGCAGUUUAAUCACCAAAUUAGACUUUUUUUAGUCUACUCUCUAUAUCUCUUUCUACCUACUCUAUCUGUGUAUCUGCACAUUUUAAUUUCUUGCAAGCAACUUAUCCUAAAUAAACAUGGUUCCCAUUGUUUACAUGAGGGGUUUUUUGA